AUGGAGGCAGAACUCCAGGCGCAGAUCCCUGGCCUGGACCAUGUCAUCUCAGAGUACUCGGUGGGCUACCUGACCCACGCCUCAAACCUCUACGUCGAAGAUGCCAACGCCCAGUCACCCUUGUCGGAAGCUGCAGAGACCGUGACGGAACUGCUGAUCUCCGCCUCUGGGGAUUUCUCCACCAAGAACCGUGAUGCGAUCAGUGGACUCGUCGAGAAAUUCAUUACAUCGCUGAGCUCAGCGAAUGGCGUGGAUUCGGAGAGGAGACAGAUGCCCUUGACGGCCAAGAAGCUCGAUCAGGCCAUCAAUGUGGGCUCCCAGCGGAACAUGUCCUCCACUCUGGGCUUGACCGGUACAAACGUGGAUCUGGAGUCUGCCAAUGCCAGAAAGGUGGAGUCGCGCGUGGACAAGAAGAAGCUCGAGAAGGCGGAGCGGAAGAUUCGGGCCAAGCAGGAGAAGAAGCAGAUGAAGACUGUUCAGUAUGAGGCUUCCCGCCUGCUCAACCAGCCCGAUGAGGCGAUGUCUUACGAAGAGUUCUUCAUGGCCGUUAACCCUCUGCAGCUGGGCUCGGACUCGCAGUCUAAGAGCAAGGAUAUCAAGUUGGACAACCUCGAUAUUUCUAUUGGUGGUCAGCGUAUCCUGACGGACGCUGCUUUGACUCUGGCUUAUGGUCGCCGCUACGGUCUUGUUGGUCAGAACGGUAUUGGUAAAUCUACUCUGCUGCGCGCUCUCAGUCGCCGAGAGGUUGCUAUUCCGAAUCACAUCUCGAUUCUUCACGUCGAGCAGGAGAUUAUGGGUGAUGAUACCCCAGCAAUUCAAGCGGUUCUGGAUGCAGACGUUUGGCGCAAGCAUCUGCUUGCUGAGCAAGAUAAAAUUACCAAGCAGUUGUCUGCUAUUGAAGAGGAACGGUCUCAAAUGGCAGACACCUCCAAGGAUGCCGCCAGACUGGAUCACGAGAGGGAGGGUCUUGAUGUCACUUUGACUGAUAUUCACUCGAAGCUGUCCGAGAUGGAGUCUGACAAGGCCGAGUCCCGAGCCGCCAGUAUCUUGGCUGGCCUUGGUUUCUCCCCCGAGCGACAACAGUUUGCCACCAGGACAUUCUCCGGUGGUUGGCGUAUGCGUCUGGCCUUGGCUCGUGCUCUGUUCUGCGAGCCUGAUCUGCUGCUUCUUGACGAACCGUCGAACAUGUUGGACGUUCCGUCUAUUACUUUCCUGGCGAACUACCUCCAGGGCUACCCCAGUACCGUUCUCGUGGUUUCUCACGAUCGUGCAUUCUUGAACGAAGUCGCUACAGAUAUUGUCCACCAACACUCCGAGCGCCUGGAUUACUACAAGGGUGCUAACUUCGAAUCCUUCUACGCAACCAAGGAGGAGCGGAGGAAGAAUGCCAAGCGCGAGUACGAGAAGCAAAUGGCAGAGAGGGCCCAUCUUCAAGCCUUCAUUGAUAAGUUCCGUUACAACGCGGCCAAGUCCUCAGAAGCUCAGUCCAGAAUCAAGAAGCUCGAGCGUAUGCCAGUCCUCGAGGCCCCAGAAAGCGAAUACGUCGUGCACUUCCAAUUCCCCGAAGUCGAGAAGCUCUCGCCCCCAAUUGUCCAGAUGUCCGACGUUUGCUUCGGUUAUUCCCCAGAGCGGCCGCUUCUCAAGGAUGUCGAUCUCGAUGUUCAACUGGACUCUCGUAUCGGUAUCGUUGGACCUAACGGUGCUGGUAAGACCACCGUGCUGAAGCUUCUUACCAACCAACUCGCCCCCACCAAGGGUCUGAUCUCUGCACACUCAAGACUGCGCAUUGGAUUCUUCGCGCAGCACCACGUUGAUGCUCUGGAUCUGACCACCAGCGCUGUGAGUUUCAUGGCUAAGACGUAUCCCGGUAAGAGCGAUGAGGAGUACCGCCGACACCUGGGUGCAUUCGGUAUCACCGGUAUGACCGGUCUCCAGCGUAUGGAGCUUCUGUCCGGAGGUCAGAAGUCUCGUGUUGCAUUUGCCUGCUUGUCCUUGACCAACCCGCACAUCCUCGUUCUUGACGAGCCUUCUAACCACUUGGAUAUUGAGGGUAUGGAUGCGCUCUCCGAGGCUCUGCAACGGUUCGAGGGUGGUGUGGUGAUGGUCUCUCACGAUGUGACAAUGCUGCAAAAUGUUUGCAAGAGUCUCUGGGUUUGCGACAAGGGCACUGUGAACAAGUUCGAUGGUGAUGUCAAGGCGUACAAGAAGAUGAUCACCGCACAGGCUGAUGCGGCCGGUGUCGUGGCCAAGCACUAA